GGUGGGAAUGUUCCUUUAUAGCUUUUAAAUCUACCACUAUUCUGGGCACAGCAGAAUGUCACAUUGGAAAUUAAAAUACCUAGGGUGGUCUCUUGCUGAGAACACUUUUUCAUAAUUAGUCUCUAAGAUAAAGCAGAAACUUAAUGCUUAAUAAGCAAUAAAAUUCUUCUAUAUUUCCUUACAUAGAACUGAAAUCAGUGAUUUUGCCAUCAGAGUCUGUUCACAACUUUCUCUUGACUAAAGGUGCCAAAUUUCUGGAGUAAAAACCUCAACCUGACAGUUCCUAUGAAGCAAAAACUUUCUGAUGCAUUACUACUAGAAAACCGAGGGUCACAUCAGCUUUCUAAAACACUUCCAAACUUUUAUUAGUAUGAGUGUGAAGUUUUUACAGGCACAUCCAAACUGGUAGAAAACUAUUGCACUUUAAUUUGUUUUGACAUAGGUGUUUACCUCAUCUGUCAGUUUUCUGGACUUAAAUACUGAAUUUUCAUUAAUAAAACUAGAUUGUUGUUUGAUGUCAGAUUGGUCAGUAGUGAAGAGGAACAGAUUCAUCUCCAUGUAAUUUUGCUGUAUAAUUCUGAGGUGAAACACUUUCACAUCUCAGAGUAAUGAUCCCUACAUGUAGGUAAAUUAGAGAUGUUCAAGUAAAACCCGAGUUUUCCCCCAUGAUCUAAAGGAUGAGAAAUAAACAAGGUGUUCCACUGGUUUUCAGUCAUUGAAGUUUAUGCUCACUUAAUGCAACAAAAGGAAAAUGAGGAAUGUAGUUCAGGAAAAUUCUAGAGUGUGCAAUUAUAUUUUGUCAGCUCAGUUUCCCAAAUGGUUAUAAUUGGGUAGGAAAUUUUUCACUUCCCAUUGCAUAGUGCAAAUUCUGUAUGUUCUGCUCAUUGUAGCAUGGGUUUGAUUUAUAUCUUUCAUUAGUGGUCAGUAAACGUAGGUUUUGUUUAUAGUGACCCUUGUGGCAGGUUUAGCAUAAAAUCCCUGUAUUACAGAUACAGAAUAUUGGAAUGCAAGGGAUAUUGUAAAAUACAGUGAAAAGAGGAAGAGUUUAAUGUAGAAUCACUUUAUAAAUACAAAUAGAAUAUUGGAGAGGAGCAAACUAGGUUAUUUUCAGGAAAGUCUAGUAAUUGGAAGUCUAGGCUUUAUGAAUUUAUAUUGCUGUUUAUUCCUGGUGGCUGGACUAUGUCACUUUCGAGAUAGGUGAUUUUGUCGGUGUUGGAUUGUGUUAUAUUUACUAGCAUGGAAGAGAUCCAAUCUGAUGAGCCAAAAAUGCCUUUUACAAAAUUAAUGGUAACUGAGCUUACUCAGACUGGGACAUGGUCGUUGCUGAACUUUGAUACACAAUCAAAUCUCUCCUAUUCUAAAGUGAGAUUACACUAAGUAAACAGCCUUGUUCUUAUCCUUGUUGAUUAAUGAUCUAUAUUUACACAAGCCUGAGAGUUGCUUUAAUGCAGCCUGUCAAAGAGCAUGAAGCUCUAAAUUGGAAAUGCCUAUUAAACAAUAGCACUGUCAUUAGAGGACUUUAUCUCCUAGUUUUAUUGCCACAACAGGGUAGAGACUGAAUAAACAAGCAGUGAUGCAGUCAUUGGUGAAUUUUAUGAAUUCUUCGUUUUACAGAGAGGGCUUGUAGAUGCAAAGCGACCCCAGCCUUUGAAUGGUGAAUUCUGAGGAAGAAGCAGCUGUUGUGUUGAGCCACCUCUAACAGAGGACUGAAAAUGCGAGCAGUUGAAAGUGAGGCGAAGGCAAAAACCAAAGUUCGCUUUGAGGAAAUCUUCAGACGCCAUGCUGCCCUAGCAGACACAAAGAAACCAAAGAAAAAGAAGUUUGACUCUCAAGAGAGUAUUGUGAAUGGUGAAUUCUGAGGAAGAAGCAGCUGUUGUGUUGAGCCACCUCUAACAGAGGACUGAAAAUGCGAGCAGUUGAAAGUGAGGCGAAGGCAAAAACCAAAGUCCGCUUUGAGGAAAUCUUCAGACGCCAUGCUGCCCUAGCAGACACAAAGAAACCAAAGAAAAAGAAGUUUGACUCUCAAGAGAGUAUUGUGCUUGAUACUUUUAGAAAUAAUAUUGAUCUGUCUAAGGAAAGUGUGAAUGAUGAAGCAAUUAUAAACAACACAUAUAAUCCUGAAGAAGAGAGCCCAAGAUUUACAAAAAAUAAAUUAAGAGAGAAAGAGUCAAUUGCAAAGAAAAUAAACAAUGAUGUUGUUAGUGGAGAAGAGAACAAGCAGCCAAAGUCAAACAGAAAGAAAAAGAAAUCACUGUUACAAGAACAGUUUAAUGAGGAGGAAGAUUUAUAUGAAGCUAAAUUGGGGAGUUUUGAAGAAAAGACUAAUGAUUUUCCAAAGAAGAAAACAAAAAGUAAAUCACAAACAGAUGUACCUGAUCAAGAAGGUGAUAGAAAGAUCAAAAAAUCCUUGACUGAAUUGAGAAAUUUAACUGAAUUAGAAGAGGAAGAGCAGCUAAUUCAAGCCUAUCAGCUGCACGUGGCUGAGGAAGAGGCAAAUGCAAUUAAAAUGAAAAUGAGAAAGAAACUUAAAGAACAGAUGUCUGAAUCUACCUCCGCUGUUCAAAGGCAUGAAGUUGCAUUGAAUAAUGAAGUGGGCAAAAAGAAGAAAAAGAAGAAAGAGCGAGCAGUUUUAAGUGAAGCUGAAACAAGUGCAAUGUCCCUUUCUGAGCUGCAGCAUCAUCAUCCAGAAGCAGGUGGCAAUGAAAGUCAGUCAUCUGAAAGAUUAUUUACAUCAGAAGGACAGAAACUGGAGGGAAGCGUGGAAAAGCAGAAACCUAAAGCCAAGAAGGUUAAGAAGAAAAGCAGAAAAGAAGAAACUACAGAAGCUGCUGCAGAAAAUGAUGAGGAAAUGAAGAAUUCAGAAAUUUCAACCCAGUCUAAAUUUGGUUUUGGCGAUGAUCUUGUUUUGGGAGUUUAUAUCCAUCGAUCAGAUCAACUUAAAAUUGAUCACUUGGUAUCUCAUCCUGUGGUCAAAAUCCAUAUUGUUGAUCAGAGAAGUGGCUUAUAUGUGAAGAAGGAUUAUAGGAAAUCUUCAAACAGCAAGAAGGAAGAUUCAUUUUAUGAACAAGGAGAAAUAGAGCACAUUCUUCCUAUAAUGACACAACCAUGUGACUUUAGAAAGUCUAAAUCAACAGUUCCAGAGUGGGAAGAGCAAGUAAUAUUUAAUGAGCGUUUUACUUAUUUUAUUCAAAACACUGAGGAAAACCCUCAGGUUAUCCUGUUUUUUGAGGUCCUUGAUUCUCCAAGUAUGCAUGAAGUGAGAGCCAGUUCUGAUGUAAAAAUUCAGGAAGGUCGUUACCGAAAAAUUUGUUGGGCAUUUCUAAAGCUUGUAGGUGCAAAUGGAGUUCUAAACGUUGGUGGAAAACUUCGUCUGCAAUUAUAUUACCCACCUUCAAGGACUAAGUCACAUUCAAAUGUUGUUGAGGUUUAUGACUGGUGGGCAAAAUGUCCUAGAAAUCGUUACCCAUCAACUUUAUACAUAACUGUAAAAGGCCUGAAGCUGCCAGAUCGUGUUGGUCCUUUUCACUCUAUGGCAGCUGUUCAGCAGGAACAAAGUAAUACAGCACUUUCUGAGCCCCAGAGAGAAGGAUGUGAACCUUCUUUAGAGGAGAAAAAGGAGCCAUUUAAAUGGUCAAGAUUGCCUGGACAGGCUUGCCGCAUACCCAACAAGCCCCUGUUUUCCCUGCGAGGUGGAGAUCUGGGCUGCUUCUGUAUCCGCUUCUCUCAUGACGGAAGAACGCUGGCAGCAGCAUGUGCAGGAAGGAAUGGCUAUCCCAUUGCUUUGUAUGAAAUUCCUUCUGGACAAUUCCUGAGAGAAUUUUAUGGUCAUCUUAACAUAGUGUAUGAUCUUUGUUGGUCAAAAGACAAUCAAUACCUUCUUACUGCUUCCUCUGAUGGCACUGUCAGAAUGUGGAAAAUAGAAAUGAAGGCAGCAUCUGCAGUGAGAGUUUUCCCUCAUCCUUCAUUUGUAUACACUGCCAAGUACCACCCAGUUGCUGACUCGUUGGUUGUGACAGGAUGUUACGACUCAGUGAUCAGAAUCUGGAAUGCAAAUGUGAAAGAAAUCCAUGGGCAACUGCUACAGGAGCUUGAUGGCCAUAAAAGUUUCAUCAACACACUUUGUUUUGAUGCAGAAGGACACCACAUGUUCUCAGGAGAUAGUUCAGGACUAAUAAUAGUUUGGGAUACGCCUGUCAAAGGAAGUUCUCCACACCUUUUUCAACACUGGAAGGUCAAUAAGGAAAUAAAAGAAAAUGAUAUUAAAGGGACACCAGUAAAUCAUUUGGAAGUGCAUCCGAAUGGAAGGCGUUUAUUAAUCCAUGCCAAAGACAGUACCCUGAGAAUUAUGGAUCUCAGAAUCUUGGCGACGAAGAAAUAUGUAGGUGCCACCAAUUACAGAGAAAAGAUUCACAGCACUUUAACACCAUGUGGUACGUUCCUGUUUUCAGGAAGUGAAGAUGGAAAGGCUUAUGUUUGGAAUCCAGAAACAGGAGAUCAGGUGGCCAUAUAUUCUGAUCUGUCUUUCACAUCUCCGCUUCGUGAUGUUGCCUUUCAUCCACAUGAACACAUGGUGUCUUUCUGUGCCUUUGGUCAAAACCAUCCAAUACUUGUAUACAUUUAUGAUUAUAAAGUUGCUCAACAGGAAGCUGAACUCGUAAGAGAUCUUAGUUCAUCACUUACCACAGCUGCACCAAGAGGGCCACACUUCAUUGGCAGUUUUUCUGAAAUUCCUGUACAAAAAAACUCAGUGAUGUCUCCAGCAGAUCAGUUUGCCAGUGUUGCAAGAGCAUCAAUGAGAAUGCAGAAGGUGAAACAAAAACUUGAUUCUGUUAUGGCAAACUCAAAUCUCUUGCUUCCUGCACCAUCAUCUCUGUCACCACACUCCAAGCUAAGGCUGACGGGUGCUCUGAGUAUUCCACGGAAUCCUCUGUAUUCUUUGACUGCUGAAAGUGGGUGCUUCAGCCCAGUAGGAAAUCCUCUUAGUCGAACACUAUUGGGUAGACUACAGAAGAAUGAUGACAGCCUGACGGCACUGGGAGUGGGAAGAGGAAACAGUUGUCCACCCGGGCAAGAGACAGUAGUGGCUCUUUAUGACUACACAGCGCAUCGAUCAGAUGAGCUAACCAUCCAUCGCAGUGACAUUAUCCAAGUGUUAUACAAAGAUAAUGAUAACUGGUGGUUUGGCAGCCUAGCAAAUGGACAGCAAGGCUAUUUUCCAGCUAAUUAUGUGGCUGGUGAAAAAGAAUAUGAAGAACAACCUUCAGGAUUAAUACCAGAUUCUGCUCCUCUCCUACCAGAAGGACCAACAGAAGCAGAGGAAGGUUUUCUGACACUAGAUAAGAUGUCACCAGUCACCAGUAAGUCAGGGGACCUGCAAUUUACCUCCAAACAUGACACAGAUAGAGACUCACCCGCAACACAGGCUAUCCUGAGAAGAUGUCACACUGAAGGAAUGGAGCCCAAAAAUUACUUCAGUUAUAUUUCAGAAAGAGGUACAAAGAAAAAGAAGAAAAGGAUACAAAGGAAUGAGAGAGAAAAUCAGCACAACUUAAUGAGCGUCGAUACUCCUCUGUCAUCAGUUACAACUAAUGGUGUUGAAAACGAACCUGCAUCCCGUGGGGUGGAAUUGAAGAAGAAGAAAAAGGCAGCGAGAGGCUCAAACUUGAGCACAAGUGGAAGGACAAAUAUUGCCUUUGAGCUCGAGCACCAUGACACAGAGGCGUAAUUUAUUUCUGAAUACUGUGGCGAUGUUCAUUACAUGCGUGGAAGGCUGCAAUUAUGAUCUCUCUUCCAGGAGUAACAACAAACAAAUAAAUUAAAGCACUUAAAUAUGCAAAAUGUUACCAGUUGUGACUUAUCAAUAGUGCAAACCUGUUUUGGAUGACUUUUGCCCUGGCUUCCUUGAAAUCAACAGAACUUGAAGGUUCAGCUCCUCACUGGACUGGAAAAGAACUGAAACUGUCAAAUACAAUGUUUCCUAAUUUGAUAUCUGAUUAAACUGUCACUUAGGCAUUUGUGUAGACUGUAGAUCAAUCUAUUGAAAGCAAAGAAUCAAGUGAAAAAGUGUGAUCUAGAGCAAAAUAUGCCCAACCACUACAUAAGUUGUUAUAGUAGCAUUUUAAAGCGUGCUGUGAGUUAAAUAGAAGAGUGUUCAGAAUGGUAAAAUACCAAAAGAGUGCUGACAUUAAGGUGUACCUGAAAACACAAGCUUUCAAAAAAUAUUUUCCUGACAUCCAAUACAUGUUUGGACUGCAUUUUGCAGCUCUGAAGGGAGUUAUGGAGUAACUACCUAUGCAACUGCACUGUCUUCAGUAGGGCUACUAGUUCUUAUCAAAAUUAAUUAGUGUUGCAAAUUCCAGGCAGUUGUAUUUUUCAAAUGAAGUGUGCUGCACACAGUAAAGAUUCAUUGCAGUUUUGUCAGAGUUCCUGGCUGCUUUGGCAGCAGUCAUGCCAAAUAUACUUUCUUUUGUCUGGAUGAAAUAUUUCAUAUCCUACUAUGCUGUUUGUUUUACUUGUAGUCCUUAUUCACUUGUAAGCAUCGUUACUCUAUUUUUUUACUUGAGUAUUAUUUUGUGAACUUUCACUAAUGACUUCACUAAUUAUCUAUGAUGUUAAAUAAUUUAUGUUUUAUAUUAAACAAAACACUUUCUAUCA